AUGUGGGCCUUCGUAACUGCCAUCGCAAGGAUUGCCAUUCCACCUAUCGUCCAGGCCGUCGCGAGCCUCUUCAUGAAGCCACCGGACUCACAGAACCAAACGAUGGGGCAGAUUCAAGCGAGAAUCCAAGAAGAAGAUCGCGAGAGUUGCGAGUCGAAUGCUCGUCGUCGGCAGGAGCAGCACAAAGAGAAUCUGGCUGCGGUCCGGAUGAUGGAAGAGCGGUUGGCGAAGAUGGAAGCGGAUGCUCGACAGAGCGAGAGGGACACGCGUGCUGCUCGGGAGCGAGUGCAGGCGGCGGAAGAGGAGAGUCGAAGAAUAGAAACGGAGGUCCGGGAGGCCCGGGAGGCCCGGGAGAGAGCACACACGGCAGAGUUGGCGAGGAUGGAAGAGAACGUUAGGCGGAACGAGAAGGAGAUGCUGGCGGCCAAAGAGCGGGCACAGGCUGCGGAAGAGGAGGUUCAGGGGAAGGAAAGGCAGGCACAGGAAGCUCAGGAGCGGGCGCACGCUGCGGAAGAGGCUGCUUUCAAGCAGCAGGAAAAUUCAAAGGUUGCCGCGGCCAAGGCGAAGCGCGAAGCGAAAGAAUUGAAGAGGAGGUUUGAAGAGACCAAAGAAAACCUCAAAAAUGGGAUUCAGCCGGAGGUUUGGCCGACGAAGAAGGAGUUGGAGGACGCCAAGAUCAGGCUUGGAUACCGGGACGACCGUCUACACUUUGCCGUCAGCGGCCCGUCCGGCUCGGGGAAGAGUUCUCUGAUCAACGCAUUCCGAGGCCUGACCAAGAAGAGCCCCCAUGCAGCGCCAGUGGGAAUCGUCGAAACCACCUCCAUCAUCACAAGAUACCCCGACAAUCGCCAAGAGAUGCCAUACCAGCGGUUCGUAUGGUACGAUGUGCCGGGUGCCGGCACCAUCAAUAUACCAAGUUGGCAGUACUUCAACACGCAAGGACUCUUCAUCUUUGACUUCAUUAUCCUGGUGUACGAUGCUCGGUUCACUCAAAUCGACGCCGACAUCCUCGAAAACUGCCGCAGGUUCAACAUUCCGGCAUUCAUUGUCCGCUCCAAGGCCAACCAGCACAUCCGCAACAUGAUGGACGAAGACGAUGACCUUGAGCUCGCCGAAGCACGCGAGAUGUUCAUCAAGGAGACCAGACAGAACCUCGCAUCCAACCUCGAGAAACGCCAACUCAGUGACGCCAACACCCGCUGCUACAUCGUCUCAAGCAACACUCUUUACGACCUGAUCAGAAGUGCAAGGGCUACCGGCGACGCAGGGGCAUCGGCAAGAAAGACGAGGACGGAUGAGUACAUCGAUGAGGAGCAGUUACUCGUCGAUAUCCUCGACACGGCUGUCAAACGGCGUUACACUUCCGCCACCUAG